CCUUUUUUUUAUCCUUUCUUUGUUUACUUUAAAAUGACAACAGUUGCUCCUUUAGCACCUGAAGUACUUGAUAGACUAAAGACACUUCAAGAACAAGACAGGCCUAUUUCUGUAGACGAAAUAUUGUUUGCUGCCAACCUGAACCACUUGACUACCUCAUCUCAAAAAGAAAAAAGCACCACUCUGGCAGAACGCAGAAAGCAUCCCGAAAAACUCACGUUAAGCAAUCCAAUUGAACGAGAUACUCACGUAUUAAAACGAUUAGAACAAGAAAAUGCAAAAUUGCCUGCACAAGACUCCGAAGAAUACAUGUUGGCCCAUUUGGAAAGACAGAACGCCCUUCUAAACGCCGAUCCAAAAUCAGUUUCGAUUGAAUCAAACCGACUUCAAGCUGAUUUUACCACCAUUCGUAACUUAGUCAGUGAUGCCACAUUUUCUCCUGUAAGAGAAGAUUAUGAAGAAACCAUUCAGGCUAUGUUAGCUAAAGUACCCCUGAAAGAAAACACCAUUCAAAACGACGAUGAAUGGGAUUUUUGGCAGCAAGUCGUCAAGGAUUUUCCUACUGCAGUAGCUAAAUUUCCUCAUUUGUUGGCUGCUAAACUUCAGAAUGGAGGUAUUCCUCAUCGUAUUCGAGGUGUGAUCUGGCAGGCUAUGGCUCAAUCGAGCUCUCUUAAUUUAGAAAGCCUUUAUCAUCGCUUAUCUGAAGAAAGCGAAACAUCUUCUUAUGAAAGAGUGAUUCAGCGUGAUUUGUCUCGCACUUUCCCUCAAUUAGAUAUGUUUAAAGACGAUGGUGGCGAAGGCCAGUUAGCCAUGGGCCGUCUUUUAAAAGCUUAUAGUCUUUAUGAUGCUCAUGUUGGCUAUUGUCAAGGCCUUGCAUUUUUAGUGGGACCUUUAUUGAUGACGAUGCCUGAACAACAAGCUUUUUGUGUAUUUGUCAGACUCAUGGAGACAUACGACAUGAGAACCAUGUUUACACUAAAUAUGGAAGGUUUACAUCUUCGCCUGCACCAAUUUGGCAUUUUGCUUGCUCAGCUUUGUCCUCGUUUGGACGCUCAUUUGCAACAACAUCAAAUUCACACAGCCAUGUAUGCAUCUCAGUGGUAUUUGACAUUGUUCGCCUACUCCUUUCCUAUUUCGCUUGUACUACGUAUUUACGAUUUAGUGUUUGCAGAAGGUGCUGUUGAGACUAUCACAAGAGUAGCGAUUGCUAUUAUGCAAAAGAACGAAGAUGCCUUGAUUGAGAUCACUGAAUUUGAACAAUUGAUGAUGUAUCUCAGCUCUCGUAAACUCUAUCAAGUUGCAUACAACUCUGAUCCUGAGGCUGUCAUUCAUGAUGCCAUGGCCUUGAGUUCUGUUAUCACAAAGCAAAAAAUGGACAGUAUAUCUGAGUCUUAUUAUCGUGAAAUGGAACAAGAGAAGACACGCACGCAACAAGCACUAGCUAUUCGUUUUGGUGGUUGGGGGCUUUUGAACAAAUCGCCUUCUUCCCCUACAACGCCUAAACGACCCUCCAACAAUAAGCGUGAUUCUUGGUUUUCAUGGGGAGCAAACACGGAGCUUGUCACUAAAGAUUCAAUCACCCCACCUUCUUCUUUGACCACAAGUCAGGAAGAAGUCCCUCAAGAGCUUACACCACCUUCCUCUUUAACUUCAAGCCAAACUGAGAUUCCUCAAGACCGCACCAUCCCACUUUUACAUGAACAGAUUGAAGAUCUUGUCAAAGCAUUAUCUCAGUUACAAAAGGAAAACUGUCAAAUAUCAGAAGAUUUGAUGACAACACAAAUGAGAGAGAUGGACUUGAUCAAAGAACGUGAUCAACUGACCCAAAAGAACCGUCUUUUAGAAAAACAACUCUGGAAAAAAUAUAACCCUAUGGCCUCAGGCGAAGGACAGCCAAGCCCUGUUGAAUCUUUAGAUAGUAUCAUUAAGCCUGGUGAAGAAAAGAAGAUUCAGAUGUUGCAAAAAGAGGCUGAAUUUGUUGACUUUGUUGAAUCAUUAAAGUUGAGUGGUGAUUUUGGAUCAUUGAUUGCUGGUGCAUUGACAACAUCAAAACCAGUUUCUGAAGAUGCAAGACAAGUCUUUCAUGAUUCUACACAGCAACAAAGAGAGCGAAACGAGGUCCUCAAGACGGCCGCCGCUCAUCAUGGUGGUAUGGACGAGGUGACAUCUGAACUGGUGGCUAUCAAGCUGGCUAAUUUUGAAAUGGGCCAGAAAUAUCAAGAUUUAUGUGAAAAGCAUGAACGGCUCAACAAGACGCUCAAGACAACAACCGAGGGACAAGCAGCACUUCUCGAAAAGAUCAUGAAACUCCAAACAACCAUUGAAUCACUUCAAAUUGAUAAAGAAAAAUUAAUGCAAGAAAGAGAUAGUUUGAUAAAAGAGAACGAAGCAUUGACCCAAGCAUCAUUGGCUACCAAAAAGACAUGCUCUGAUCUACAACUUGAAAAGACAGCUUUAGAUGACGAACGCCAACAGCUCCAGAAUCGAGUACAAGAGUUAGAAGAUCAACGCCGUGAAUACUUGAUGCCUCGAGGUUCUUUUACAGAAGAAGUGUUUGCUGCUCAUCAAACCUUGUUCGGUUCUCGACUUGAAGCACCACCUAUGAGUCGAAGACACACUGUCCAGCUACUCUCAGACGAUGAUCACUAUCAAAAGAAAUACAUGGAAAGCGAUUUACGUUGCCGAGAACUUGAAAAGUUGUUGGCAGAAACUAAAGUCAAACUUGUUGAAUGCGAAACAUCAUUAGCAAAUACAAACAGUUUAGCGACCCCGCGUGGCUCGUUGCAGCAGAACAAACGGCCCAACUCUGCUCUCUAUUCCAAACGAAGCUCUUCAUUUACCGUCAUGACAAAUACUAGUAGCAAUGUCAGCAUAGGCCCUCAAUCGCCUACCUUUUUAGAGUCUAGAGAAUCCAUCGAAAGCCUUCGAUCAACGACUUCAACUUCAAGUUAUCAACAAAAAAGAGCCAGUAUGUAUUCUAGAUUCUUGAAUGUUUUGGGCAAUGGGUCAGUCCCAGAAAUUAUUGAAGAACCAAGAAGCUAAAUAUAUACUUUUUCAAUGUAUUCAUACCCUAUACAAUGAGUCUAUUUUUUUAUUAUUAUUAUUACUAUUAUUGUUACUAUUAUUAUUAUCAUUAUUAACUAUUUUAUGGCUAUAUAUCUAUACGCACACACUAAAGUCAUGUGUAUGUGUGCAUUACUUUUUAUCGUAUGUUUUUAUAUAUUUAUUAUUGUCUUUUUCUUUC